AUGCAGACACGUUGGGGACAAGCUCGACCGGUUUCGAAGUGCGUCGUCCUGUCGAUCUUCGCUCAUUUGCUGCUGAUGACCUAUGCUCAGGUCACCAGCUUGUUUGCUCCUACGGGGCCUGGCGAAUCUGCUCCGGUGAACAUUCGAUUGAGCCAGAUCGAUUUUCAGCAAACCGAAGAGGCGGACGCUCGCAAAGAAGUGAAGCCAUGGGACCAACUUGCCAUGUCCCCUGCCCCUGUCGAAGGUAUGAUGACACCGCUAGAGCGGAUGGAAAUGCCGACGCCCGAACUACCGAUGCCAUCGCUGCCCCAGCCUCCGAUACCUCAGGCACCGCAGCGCGUCUGGGAUGUUCCCAUGCCGGAGCCUGCGUUGGAUCAAAUCGUUGAAAACGAACUUCCACCGACCGGACCGCUACCGGAACUGGAAACGCCGUCGACUCCGGUUUCUGCCAAAGAGAUGGCUCCCCCUGAUCCUGCGAAAUCGACAGCUCAAGUCGAAAAGCAAAUAAGCCCAAUGCCGAUGCCACAGCUUGAUCGCAUCGACCGGGCCAUGCCGCAAGUGCGAAGGGCUCCGCUGCCAACGCCGGUGGCAAGCGAUCCAUCCAACGAUGUGCAAAUGCUUCGCGAAUCGUUGCCAUCCACGGAAGAAGCAGACGCAUUGGCAGGCGAACGCGACCAAUUGCUGGCCUCGACAAAUCAACUCGAGGCGAUG